AAGAAAGAGUAGUCAGCGAGAAAAAAAAUGACCGGCGACGCGAAGACAACCGGUAAUGGAACGGGUGCGGCUGCCGGAGGUGGGGGAUUCCGUGCUAAAUUGGACCAUGUAUUGUACAGCGGCGAAAAAAAGCAUGUCAUAGCGGGGAUCGCCGUCAUCGGAGUGAUAUUUGGUGUUCCCUGGUACUUCAUGAGUCGCGGUACAAAGCACCAGUCUCAUCAAGAUUACUUGGAGCGGGCGGACAAAGCUAGGAGUCAAAGACUUUCAACUGGCUCAUCCCCAACCACUCGAUGAAAAAAGACUUAGGAAUCCUCAGGUACAUCUGCUUAUGCGAUUUUGUUGUCUUGAGAACACAAAUCUUUACGAUUCUCCAUAAAACUAACAGGUUUAUUAAACUCAAGAACUCCCCUUAUUUUAUUUAUAUCAAAUACGAGACUUCGUUUGCUUUGAAUAAUACAGUGUGCUUCGAUUUCAAAA